GGGAAAGUCCUCGCAAGGCAACGGAUCCGACGCCUGGGAAGCUGUGGGCACAGCCAGCAGAGACUGCGACACCCUCCUUUCAGACACAGCGCAGGUGCUGAUGGCCCAGAUGGUUUCAGCCUCCUUCAUCCUCUUGCUGUUCCUCCCGCUCAAGUCCUGCCUCCCCUUGGAGUGGCCAAGAUCCACUGUGACACAACUUCUUCCCAUCAGCAGCCUGAGUUGGGAGCAGUGGCUGAGACGCUCGGAGUGGCAAAACAACCCUUCAGUCCUUUCGGUCAGCUCAGAAGAAGAGGGAGCCUCCAGAGGCCAGCCAUCAUCCCCCAGGGCCUGCAAGCCACUAGCCUCCCGGCAGCAAAGAAACAAGCGGUCCACUUCCUCCAGCAAAAGACGAGAUGGGCGUCCAAAUUCCCUGGACUUGACCUUUCAUCUUCUCCGCGAAUUCCUGGAGAUGUCCAGAGAGGAGAGACUGGCCCAGAAAGCUCGUAGUAACAAAAUAUUACUGCAUAAUAUAGGCAAAUGAAUCAAGGGGAUGGUAUGGGAGGCACAAAGUUUUGAUUGUAAAGUUCACCCUCUUUUCUUGUAACAGUGCAAUUGAUGGGGGAAUGGUGUGAUCCUUCUUCAUCGUGAUUCCAGUGUCAUGCUCUUCUCCACAGAGGUGCUUGUCUGUGAAUUAUUCCCUUCCAAAAUUAUAUAUUUCGGGAAGCCUCAGCCCAGUCAGGAAUGAGGACAGCAUGUUUUACAACAAUUCCCAUUCUAUUUUUUAAAUUCAUAUGAUUAUAUUUUAUACAGCACCAUCAAAACAUAUGAUUUGUUUGUUUUUGAAAAGCAGAGGAACUUGAGCAAGAGAAAAGCAGGUCCUUGCUCCUGCCCUCAGGAACUGAAAAACUCUCUCCCAGGUGAGAGAAAAGAGGGAGGAAAGAUAAAGGCGUGGUGGGAAGAACACACAUAAGCAUUGCUGGUAUCUCUCAGCUAGAGAAAAAUGAGGUUAAAAAUGUGGGAUUCUUCACACUCCACACUUCUUCUGGCUAAUAGGUCACUAUAUCUCCUACUGUCUUUCACUACUGGCUAUGCGAGCUAGGCCUGAUGGGGAUUGCAGUCCAACAAUGACCCAAAUCCUAUUGAUAGUCCUGUGCUAGAGAAGACUCAUUGAAUCAAUGGGAUUUACCUACAUGUUGGCUCCUUAGUUUACAAGUGAUCCAGUGUAGAAUAACAUCCAAAAUCCACAAAACAGUGAUGCCUUUAAUUGACCAACCAAA